UUUCUACUUGACGGUUGAGCUCUCAACUCAGAUGAUUGCGCCGUUUUUAAUUUUAUAAAUAAUAAAAUAUUAAUCUUACAAAUAAAAAUGAGUCGCAAAGAAGCUCUUUCUUCUUUUAUUCAACAAAUACAUGGGCGUCCCGUUGUCGUGAAAUUAAACAGCGGUGUGGACUAUAGAGGAGUUCUGGCUUGUCUGGAUGGUUACAUGAAUAUUGCUUUGGAACAAACAGAAGAAUAUGUGAAUGGACAGCUCAAAAAUAAAUAUGGUGAUGCAUUUAUAAGGGGAAAUAAUGUGCUGUAUAUAAGCACAUCUAAAAGAAGAAUGUAAUUAGCUUUAAGUAUCAUUAAACAAGUAACUUAAGUACACAUAACUUUUGACCUUAAAAA